UAACUAUGGCAAAAACCCUAAUCUUAACAACAUUUCUCCUACUCACUCGUAUAAUUUCAUGUUCAGCUGACUUCGACAAUGUCGAUUGCCUAGACAUAUUACAAGACGUUUUCCCCUUCGUUCGAGUCUAUAGGAAUGGAACCAUCGUCCGAUACUUGCCCGAGGAUUUCGUCGAGCCGUCGCCGGACGGCGAUCCGAAGACGGGAGUUCGAUCCAAAGACGUGAUCAUCGAUGAAGCCCGUAACGUCUCCGCCCGGAUCUUCUUGCCGGCGGAUAUCCCUCAGCCGUGGAAGAAGCUCCCCGUCCUCAUCUACUACCACGGCGGCGGGUUCACAACCGGAAGUCCCUUCUCGACGACAUACACCAACUACGUAAGCUCCAUCGUCGCCAAAGGAAAUGUCAUCGCCGUUUCGGUGAGUUACCGGUUGGCCCCCGAAUUCAAGCAACCGAUCGGGUACGAAGAUGCGUGGAUCGCGAUCAAGUGGGUGUUUUCCCACGCCCCGUCUAACGGAUGGAAAGGAACCGAGCCGUGGUUGCAAAACUACGCGGAUUUUGGAAGGGCUUUUGUAGGCGGGGAUAGCGCCGGAGGCAAUAUUGCGCAUAACACGGUUAUGCACGCCGGGUUAGAGAAGGAAAGCGGGGUUGUUCUAGAAGGUCUAUUUUUGAAUUGUCCGAACUUUUGGGGAAGUACUCGGAUUGGUCGAGAAGAGGGGAUGCCCGAUGAUGUCGUGAUGAGGAACAACUUAUGGUUGCUUGUGUACCCGAAUGUCCCGGCCACAUUCGACUACCCAGCAAUAAAUCCAAGCCUCGAUCCAAAUAUACAUAGUCUAGGGGCAAAAAAGUUGUUUGUGUAUGUCGCCGGGGAAGAUAUCCUUCGCGACCGCGGAUAUCUUUACGUGGACACGUUGAAGGAGAGUUUGUGGAAUGGAUCGAUUAAAUUUUUCGAGGUCGAGGGGGAGGGACAUGUGUUUGAUAUUACGAACCCGGACUCCGAUAAGGCUCGGAAGAUGUUGGAGGAAGUUGUUUCGUUUGUUAAUGGAGGCAAUGCCAUUUAGGAAUUAACAAGUUCGAGCUCGUGCGUGAUCGUGUUUAUAUAUAUUUGUGGAUGUAUAAUAGUGAUGGGUGAUGUCUUUUAUUUGAUGUUUGUUUUGUGUGUUGUGAAGUUCGAAUGAAUAAAAUGUGUGUUUCAUA